AUGUUAGAAGAAAAGAUUACUCCGGAUGUGGUAUUAUUAAUGAACGAUACCAAAUUAGCAGAAUUCGUACCAAAAUAUGGUGACCGUAUUGCAUUAAUGCAGUAUUGCAAAGCACAAUUGGAUUCGACCCGUUUAAUGACUGAUAAAAAAGAAAGUCUGUUAGAGAGUUUAAGGCAAAAGCUGAAGGGAGGCGGUAAUAGCAGUCCAAAGAGGUGUAAAGGUCAUCCUCAAGACGUUAAGCAAAUUGAGGUAGGAUGGUUAUGCCACAUGAAUCUGGAUGGCAAAUAUAAACAAGUACGGGAGAAGGGAGGUGGCGGUACAAGAAAAAUGAAGGUGCCUAAGGAAGCAAACAAGGACUUUAUCUUAACGAAGGCUCUAGAUUUGUUUUUCCCGAACGGGCAUUCUUCAAAAGGAGAUUUAAGUAAAUUUGACAUAAAUUUAUUUGAUUUCCAAAAUCACGAAGUUGAUAAAGAUUCAACAGUAGCUGAACUAUUGGAAAAAACUGGUUUGUCUAAACUAAGAUUUUAUCUUGCAACUAGAGAAACUGUAGUAGAAACUGUUGAAGAUGUAGUUGAGAUUUUAGAGCCUGAUCAUCCCACCAUAAAUGAGCCAGUGGAUACCAAUAAGGGUACGCUUGACACUAUAGUCGAGUAUACAUUACAGCAGUUUCCAGAUGAAAACCAUAGUAACGAAGAUGUAUCACUAGUGCAGCUUGAUAAUGAAGAAAUACCAUAUGGUAUAGAGGAAACUACACCUACUAUAGAAGAUGUUGAAUCUGAUAUUAAAGAUUUAUUGGUUCGACUGGAACAGACUACAAAUAUCUUAGACUUACAAGAAUUAAUUGCAUCUGACAAUGCUUUUUCAAUUGCUGGGUGCCAUUAUGUCACAAAUCUUGACGAAAAAUGUCGUAUCGGUGAAGAUAUGUUAAAGUUUUAUGCAAUAAAGCGAGUGGAGGAACCAAUAAAGCAAUUUAUAGAAGGGUUAAAAACAUGUGACAUUUAUAAUCAAAUUAGGGAGUAUCCUCGUUUGUUUAAAGACAUGUUUUGCAAAGAUCAAAUGAUCCUCACAGGAGAAACAUUAGAAAACAUUUUUCAGAUAGAAUACAGUGAUAUAGGAUCUACUCAACGUGAUCUGGAAAAUAGGGCAAUGUCUUAUUUUAGAGAUUACAUAGGAGAUUGUGAAGAGACUUUGUUGGAGGACGAUGCAGAUGAAAAUGAAGGCCAAGCGAUUACAUUAGCCGAUAUCUUAAUAUUUGCAACUGGUGCAGACUGUGUGCCGCCUUUAGGAUUUCCAAUCGUACCAAAAAUUAUGUUUUUACACGGCGAGAACAGCGGGAAGUACCCACUAGCUAACACAUGCGCAUUAAAUUUGAAAAUUCCCACUAUUCACAAGCGGUAUGACGACUUUAAAGCAAAUUUAGACUUUGCAUUUGGAAAUUGCAAAUCUUUUGGAUUUGCAUAG